AACUCAGUGGCGCUGUCCGUGGUCCUGAAAUCAGAUGCAUUCACACAGAAGGAGCGAUACAUCAUUCAGUCCUGCAUUUACCAUCAAACAGAAACUUUUCCACCACGUCUAUAUCAGCUGGAGAUCUGGCUGUAAAAGCGGAGCACCUGCCGCAACUACCGACCACUGACGCAAUUAAGUCAGAUCUUAUUCUGUUUCACUAUUGUGAUUACUGACCUCUUUGGCUCUGCCACAAAGUAAUUAAGGGACAUUCAAAUGUGUGAGAGACUAUUUUAGACGAUAUUUCUGAAUCGACCUAAAAAAAAAAAAAAACCGUGGUGAGUGCAACACCUGCCUGUAGUUACUCGACACCAGUGCCAAACAUUCCUCCUGAAUAUAACUCCAUAGGCUCACUGUUUGUCUUUAUAAAUGAAUGUUCUCUUCGUGUUAAAUUACGCCUAUUAUCCUUCAAAGCAAGUGUUAGGACGGCUCUUCCCUCCCUGUGUGGAGUCCGUAUUGAUGCGCCGGAGGGGAGCUUUGCGCUCAUAGGGGAGGGACGAACGAAGUGAAGUUCGGAUCAGAUCAGGAAGGUGCGCACCGGCAGAUCGAGACAGACGGCACCAGGGGAGAGACGCACGUUUUCAUGCCAUUACGCAUUAUUUCUUUGGCUCAUUGAUUGAACCGAUAGAGUUCAUUAAGAAGAAAGUGAAGAGGAUCCUCAAGCGACACGGGGGGAGAGAUGCAGCCGGCGGCGAGAUGGACUUUGCUGCUUCUUCACGUGGGUUUGAUAGCGCAAGACUGCUUUUCAUCCAAGGCAGAGGACCGGCUCUUCAGGAAACUGUUCAGAAGAUAUAACCAGUUCAUCAGACCAGUGGAGAAUGUGUCUGACCCCGUCACUGUGGAGUUCGAGGUCUCCAUCUCGCAGCUGGUCAAAGUUGAUGAGGUGAAUCAGAUCAUGGAAACAAAUUUAUGGCUUAGACAUAUUUGGAAUGACUACAAGCUGCGAUGGAUGCCGGCGGAGUUUGACGGAAUUGAGUUCAUUAGAGUUCCAUCGAACAAGAUCUGGAGACCCGACAUUGUGCUCUACAACAAUGCUGUAGGUGAUUUUCUGGUGGAGGAUAAGACCAAGGCUCUGCUGAAGUUUGAUGGUACCAUCACCUGGGUUCCUCCAGCCAUUUUUAAAUCUUCUUGCCCCAUGGACAUCACCUAUUUCCCCUUCGACUAUCAGAACUGCUCCAUGAAGUUUGGCUCUUGGACUUAUGACAAAGCCAAGAUUGACCUGGUACUUAUUGGGUCUAAGGUGAACCUGAAAGACUUCUGGGAGAGUGGCGAAUGGGAAAUCAUUGACGCUCCAGGCUACAAGCAUGAUAUCAAAUACAACUGCUGUGAGGAGAUCUACCCAGACAUUACCUACUCCUUCUACAUCCGGCGCCUGCCACUAUUCUACACAAUCAACCUCAUCAUCCCCUGCCUCCUCAUCUCUUUCCUCACAGUGCUGGUUUUCUAUCUCCCGUCUGACUGUGGAGAGAAGGUCACGCUCUGUAUCUCCGUCCUGCUCUCCCUCACUGUGUUCCUGCUCGUUAUCACCGAGACCAUCCCCUCCACGUCGCUGGUCAUCCCGCUCAUUGGAGAGUAUCUGCUCUUCACAAUGAUCUUCGUCACGCUCAGCAUCGUCAUCACUGUGUUCGUGCUAAACGUACACUACCGCACGCCAAUGACCCACACUAUGCCGGAUUGGGUGCGCUCUGUGUUUCUCAGAGUGCUGCCGAGGAUUAUGCUGAUGCGGAGACCGAUUGACGAAGACAGCAAGGCUGGGGGGUUGGACAGCAGUGGGGAGGCAGGAGGAGCUGGAGGGGGAGGAGGAGGCGGAGGAGGGAAAGGAGGGAAGAAAAGAAAGAAUAGCUUGAUGCAGCAGGUGGGAGGAGGCUCCCUCAACUGUCUGGAGUUCGGGGACAGUAAGUUCUCAUCUGUGGAGGGCUGCACUGGGAAGAAAGGCUCUUGCCCCUGCCAGAAUGGGAAGGAGACCCCAGAAACACCAGACAUGGGGAAAAUAACACGUCAGCUGAGUCCACAGAGUAUCAACACGGUGGUGGCAUUUUCUGUGGUCUCACCUGAAAUCAAACAGGCCAUUGAGAGCGUCAAGUACAUCGCUGAGAACAUGAGGAGUCGCAACAAGGCCAAAGAGGUGGAGGAUGACUGGAAGUACGUUGCUAUGGUGAUCGAUAGAAUCUUCCUUUGGGUGUUUGUGACCGUGUGCGUCGUGGGUACCGUGGGCCUCUUCCUCCAGCCGCUUUGUGGCUUUGUCUCCUAACUGACAAUCGAUCAGGGUUCACUGUCGCCCUGUGUAGACCAAUCAUGAACAAGGGACUAACUCUCAGUUCACAGUUGACCAAUCAGAAUACAGAGUUUUGAGUCCUAAAGCACUACUUGGUGUGCUGGUUUUACUUCUUGCCUAUUGCAGAGAACAGUAAUAUAGAAACAGUGAAGUUGAGAAAAAGGGUUUCAUAUUUUAAGAUUGGCUGGUAAACUGCGUAACUGAUACAUAAUGCCUUCAUUUUAUGCCUUUUAAGAAUGCUUAUUUUACUGUAUCUGCACUCUGCCUUUGGAUAAUCUUAAUGAUAUCAGUUGGAUAACACGAUAUCUACAAAGUGGAACACACUUUGUAGAUAGCUUUCUUGACUAUUCGAACAUUUAAUAAUAAAGUGAACUUUAUUUUAUUUAGUUGCAAUUCAUAGUUAACGGGAAUAAAAUGUAUCUCUGUUUUGUUUCCCAGUAUGUGUAACAUGGUAUAGAGCCCUAGCCAGAAAUAUAUGCAGUUGCUGUGUUAUUUUUCUUCUUUUUUUCCUAAAUUUUACAUGCUGUCUUCCCUGAAAUUAUUUCUAUUGCAUAAUAAAAAAGGUCUUACGGUAACUGAAAUUUGAACCAAAUAUUUCGUUGCUGUGUUUUAGCCUUGUAGUGUUGAUUCCUGCAAGAGGUAAGUUUGGCUAGGAUCAAAACUUGGCACAUCCAGUAGUCCUUCAGGACUGGAACCUGAGAAUUAACAUCCAACAGAUGUAAGUGAACUGGGAACUUUCCACAUCCAGUAGACUUGACACAAACUCUCUACCACUCUGAACUCAAUUCUGCAGCAGCCAGUUAACUCUCUCCCCCUUGAGCUGACUGAUGACUGUCAUACCUGCUCCCCAGUCUGAUUCAACAAGCUGCUCACUGUCAGAACCAAUCGCCAAUCACUGCUUUUUUGUGUCAUUUACAAUCAGAGUUCUGAUUUCUGGCACACUUGGCAGCGCUUAUAACAAAUAAGGGCAGGCUGUUCUUCUUUUUUGUAAUUAGAAACCAUGUGUUUAUAAAUGUUCUCUCUGAUUCAUUUUCCAAGAGGUAAUUGGUUAGCCUGGUAAAUACUGGAUUAAAUGCUACUUGAUUAGUUGCUCCUAAAAUAGCAUUACAUCUUUUAAUUCAUUAGAGGAUUCUAUCAUCCAAUUUAAUGGCUAUUAAUUUAAUCUUUUUUUUUUUCUUGUCACUUCUGAUUAAGUUUAUAAUUAAGACCAAACAUACAACGCAAGAAACAUGCAUGUCAGACAGUUUAAUUGCUUUGACCACAAAUGUUGUUGUUUGAUUACAGUACUAUAAAGGUACUGCUUAAUGUAUUCCAUUUUAUUUUAUCCCGAUACUUUUUGGUUAUAUGAUGAAGAAAUGCACAACUCAUGCUGAAGGGAGCAAACAUGUUUGUAAAAAUGAUUUUUGCCUUUCCUUUGUCUUUGAACUUAAAAUAAAUGCAAUAUUUGUUCAAAUAAAGUUAAUAGCAUUUGCUUGUAAAGGUUUUAAAA